GAGCUCGGCGGCGGCGGCGGCGCUGCGGGACUCUGGCGGCAGCGCUCCUAAUGGCUGCGCGCGGGCCGCGCUGAGGCGCCGGCGGAGAGCGACGCGCGCGGGCCGCGGAGCAGCCGGAGCGAGCGAGCGCGCGGCCGGACCCCGGCCAGGCCCGGCCCGACCCGCUAAGCCCGCGAUGCACCCCGGGGCCGCCGCCUGGCGCAGCUGACGCGCGGCCCGCGGACACCGGCCGGCCAGCCAGGCCACGAUGGCGGGGAAGGCGGCCGCCCCGGGCACCGCGGUGCUGCUGGUCACGGCCAACGUGGGCUCACUCUUCGACGACCCAGAAAACCUGCAGAAGAACUGGCUCCGGGAGUUUUAUCAGGUCGUCCACACGCACAAGCCGCACUUCAUGGCCCUGCACUGCCAGGAGUUUGGAGGGAAGAACUAUGAAGCCUCUAUGUCGCACGUGGACAAGUUUGUCAAGGAGCUGCUGUCGAGUGACGCGAUGAAGGAGUAUAAUCGGGCGCGCGUCUACCUGGACGAGAACUACAGGUCCCAGGAGCACUUCACGGCUCUAGGAAGCUUUUAUUUCCUUCACGAAUCCUUGAAAAACAUCUACCAGUUUGACUUCAAAGCCAAGAAGUAUAAAAAAGUCACUGGCAAAGAGAUCUACUCGGACACUCUGGAGAGCACCCCCAUGCUGGAGAAGGAGAAGUUCCCACAGGACUACUUCCCCGAGUGCAAGUGGUCCAGAAAGGGCUUCGUGCGGACGAGGUGGUGCGUCGCCGACUGCGCCUUUGACCUGGUGAACAUCCAUCUUUUCCAUGACGCUUCCAACCUCGUUGCGUGGGAGACAAGCCCCUCUGUGUACGCGGGGAUCCGGCACAAGGCCCUGGGCUACGUGCUCGACAGGAUCAUCGACCAGCGAUUCGAGAAAGUGUCCUACUUUGUCUUUGGCGACUUCAACUUCCGACUGGAUUCCAAGUCCGUGGUGGAGACACUCUGCACGAAGGCCACGAUGCAGACAGUGCGCGCCGCCGACACCAACGAGGUCGUGAAGCUGAUAUUCCGCGAGUCGGACAACGACCGGAAGGUGAUGCUGCAGCUGGAGAAGAAACUGUUCGACUACUUCAACCAGGAGGUUUUCCGCGAGGACAACGGCACCGCGCUCCUCGAAUUUGACAAAGAAUUGUCUGUCUUUAAGGACAGACUGUAUGAACUGGACAUCUCGUUCCCUCCCAGCUACCCCUACAGCGAGGACGCCAGCCAAGGCCGGCAGUACAUGAACACCCGGUGCCCUGCCUGGUGUGACCGCGUGCUCAUGUCCCCGUCCGCCAAGGAGCUGAUUCUGAGGUCGGAGAGCGAGGAGAAGGUCGUCACCUACGACCACAUCGGGCCCAAUGUCUGCAUGGGAGACCACAAGCCCGUGUUCCUGGCCUUCCGCGUGGCGCCCGGGGCAGGUAAAGCUCACGCACACGUGCACAAGUGUUGUGUCGUGCAGUGACGUGUGGGCGGCGAUGCCAGCGGCAGGAGCGGACGCCCCGCGAGCCCUGCCUGUAGCGCGGAGCAGAGGACGCCGCCCCCGUCGGAGCCCACGCUCAGCCGCCGCAUGGAGCAUCGCGCCGAGCCCACCGCCUGCCGCCGGCCCGCACUUCGCUUCCGCCCCCGGCCGUCCCGGGGGCCCACAUACCUCACUGUCUUGUCUGUUCAUGUGACAUUAAGUAGAAAUAUUGGGUUUUUUAAUAAGUCACAGUCUGGUUGCCAAAACUCUAAUAGACAGCGGAGAUUCUGUAUUUUAGACUUCACGGUUUUCAGUUUGCGAUCGUCGUCCGCGUGGGGACCCACGGGUGGCAGCUCCCCGCGCGUCCAUGGUUCUGAAUCACACUGCAGCUGCUUCCCGGUUUUAUAUAUAAAUAUAUAUAAAUGUAUACUUUUUAAAGUAAUUUAUAAAUCUUACCAAACUUACGCUAAAUGUACUUCCCGGUAUGAAUGCGCGAGUGCCGCACCCGCGAGCGAGCCGGCAUCUGGGAGCGCGGUCCCGUGAGCGUCGCGCGCACCCUCCAGGGCCACGGGGGCGCCCGCCUGGCCCCGCUGGCAGCCGGGGCUCCGCGGCCUCUUCUGUGUCAGAUUCAGACCCGAAUGUGAAGUUUAUCGCCGGCUUGGGUGCACCUUUUAAGAAUUUUGUAAACCGUUUUGUCUGUCUUUUGUUACUGUUCUAUGGUGCCAAGUAUUAUACAUAAAACAAUAAUGUCGUGGGGGGAAUAAAGAUAGCCUAGUCUGCUUCCAGUAGAACCUGCUUUUAACACGAACUGUAUAUAGAAACGUGAAGAGAACAGAGCUGUGCAGGGCUCCGCGGCCAACGCCCGGCAGACAGCCCGGCCGCCCUGGCUCCCCCGCCCUCGGCGGCCGCGCCGCGGGGAAGGGCGCCCGCAGACGCCUCUGCUCCAGAACACUACAAGGCCCGGGCGGGGCCGCGGGCAGAUGCCCGCGUGUAGGUCAGUCACUACGGCCUGUCCGAGUCCUGGACAGCGGGGUGGGGCUGCGGCCCCGGCGCUGUCCACGGCCGAGCGGCACUUCUGGCCCCCAGGGUUUCGGCGGCUGGUCGCUGCGGAGGCCUUUAAAGAGGGUCACUCGGGUCCCUAAGCAAUAAAAUUGAUCCUGGUG